AUGUCCGUCUUCAGCCGGCCUUUCAAGAGCAGUGGCAACGGCAGUGUCUCCAUGCCAAAGUUGUUGCGACGGACCUCACUCAAACGGUGGGCGGGAACAGUGCGCAGGAAACUGUCGACAGACAAGGGCAGGAGUGCGAACAAUAUAAAGGCUUCGGCCACUGAGCAGAUAUUCGAAGAAAGCAAUGACGACUGUGUUACAACCCCAAACCUGGAUGCCACAGAUAUAGAGGAACUACAGGCCGAAACUGAGCAAGACGAGGGGAACUCGGCAGACGCACCCACCUUCAGCUCGACGAUCUCACCUUCACUCGUAGCGCCGUCUACUCACGACGAACAUAGCCCCAGUGAACCCCUGCCUGUCGAUGAAACUGGCGCAGACGAGACCGAGAGCCUUCUCGAGGACACCCCGCCUAAACUCAAACCCGGCUCUCUGGAUGCUCUGAGCCAUGCCUACCACGAGCCACCUCAGCACAACCGCGAGAGCGUCCGUCUCGUCCCUGCGGAUCUCGAGUCCGUCUACGAAGAGGUCCCACUAGCCGAGCACUUCGCCGCACACAUGCCUCCCUCACAUUGGCUUUCGUCACGACUCCCCUAUGCCCUCGAUGACCCGCUUAUCUCCCCUACGCUGCGUGGAUGCGCGCCUUUCAAGCUGAGUCUAGUGUAAGCUUCGUCUCGCGAUGACUCUCGACCAUACUGAACAACGGUCGCAUCCCCGUCGAGCGCUUCUCUCCUGAACAUGUUCAUAGCUUGCCGGGCGGUGCCAUGCCUUCGCAUACAUUGCGGC